UGCAGGGCUAUAACUGAAGUACAAGAUGGCACGAACCAGCCACAGCAACUAUGUCCUUCAGCAGCUGAACAACCAAAGAGAGUGGGGCUUUCUCUGCGACUGCUGCAUUGCUAUCGAUGAUAUUUAUUUUCAAGCCCAUAAAGCGGUCCUUGCUGCGUGCAGCUCUUAUUUUAGGAUGUUUUUUAUGAACCAUCAACACACUACAGCCCAGCUGAAUCUAAGCAACAUGAAGAUUAGUGCUGAAUGUUUUGAUCUCAUCUUACAGUUCAUGUAUUUAGGAAAAAUUAUGACAGCCCCUACCAAUUUUGAGCAAUUUAAAGUGGCCAUGAACUAUUUACAGUUGUACAAUGUACCUGAAUGUCUAGAAGAUAUACAAGAUACAGAUUCGUCUGGUUUAAAAUGUUCAUCUUCUGCUUCUAGCACCCAGAAUAGUAAAAUGAUAUUUGGCGUGAGGAUGUAUGAAGAUACGGUUGCUAGAAAUGGCAGUGAAGCCAACAGGUGGGGCAUGGAGCCGCCAAGUUCAACAGUAAACACGUCCCAUAACAAAGAGCCCGACGAAGAAGCUUUGCAGCUGAGCACUUUCCCCGAGCAGCUCUUUGAUGUCUGCAAAAAAAGCAGCACGUCCAAGUUCUCCCACACAAAAGAUCGCGUGUCCCAUUCCCGCCGUUUCGGAAGGAGCUUCACCUGCGACAGCUGCGGCUUCAGCUUCAGCUGUGAGAAGUUACUGGAUGAGCACGUGUUAACGUGCACGAACAGGCAUCCCUACCAAAGCGCCAGGUACUACAGUGCUGAAAAAAGUGACUUUAGCGAAAAAGACUCUUCUAAAAUGCUCUCUGGACAAACAGAGAAGUAUAAAGGGGACACGAGCCAAGCUGCGGAUGAUUCCUCAUCUCCCGUGUCAAACAUCACAAGCAGGAAGAGCAGCACGGUUGCAUCGGAGACAUCGGGUGAAGAAGGAAGCAGGGCCUCUGAGAGGAAGAGGAUUAUCAUCAAGAUGGAACCAGAGGACAGUCCUGCCGAUGAGCUGAAAGAUUUCAAUAUUAUUAAAGUGACGGAUAAAGACUGCAAUGAGUCUUCUGACAACGAUGACCUUGAUGAUGAACAGGAAGAGCCGCUUUACAGAUACUACGUUGAAGAAGAGCUCAGGGAGAAGAGAAAUGCUCGGAAGACUUUAAAGCCCCGUCUAUCCAUGGAUGAGGAUGAAAGAAAGUGUUUAAAAAGUCCCCGGCACCUUAGUAGGAAAGCUCCUUCCGUGCAGGAAGAUGUGGAGAACGCUCCCUGUGAACUCUGUGGGCUAACAAUCACCGAGGAGGACCUAUCUUCCCAUUAUUUGUCCAAACACAUAGAAAACAUAUGUGCAUGUGGCAAGUGCGGUCAAAUCCUGGUCAAAGGCAAACAGUUACAGGAUCAYGCGCAGACCUGUGGAGAACCCCAGGAUCUGACCAUGAACGGUAUAAGAAAUUCUGAGGAGAAAAUGGACUUGGAAGAAAACGCUGAGGAACAGUCAGAAAUAAGGGACAUGAUGUUUGCAGAGAUGCUGGAGGACUUCAGGGAUGGGCAUUUCCAAAUGAACAGCCUUCAAAAAAAACAGUUAUAUAAGCACUCGGCCUGUCCCUUCCGAUGUCCUAAUUGCGGCCAGCGUUUUGAAACUGAAAACCUAGUGGUUGAACAUAUGUCAAGCUGCCUAGAGCAAGAUCUGUUCAAGAAUUCCCUUAUGGAAGAGAACGAGAGAGACCACAGACGUAAGCAUUUCUGCAAUCUUUGCGGGAAAGGAUUUUAUCAGCGGUGCCACUUGCGGGAACACUAUACUGUUCAUACCAAGGAAAAACAGUUUGUUUGUCAGACAUGUGGGAAGCAGUUCUUAAGAGAACGCCAGUUGCGGCUCCACAAUGAUAUGCACAAGGGAAUGGCCAGUAGUGGAAUAGGGACUUCUAAGCUUCUGAACAACUGAGAGAACCAGGUUUGAAGAAGACAUGAGGAAGAACCAUUCGGCAAAAGAUUUCUUAAAAACUCAGAACCGUGUGUGCCAGAUCUGACUUGGCAUCAUCAUUGCUUUUUUGACAUACCACUUGCAAAAGGCGCCAAAGCAGUCAAAUUAGAACACCCAGUUAAAGCUCUUUUGGACUCUUUUCUGUUCUAUAAAACUUACCUCCUUGUGACUAUCAUUUACAUAUGUCAAAAUCUAAGUGACGUCUCCUUUCGCAGAGCAGAUAGCCAAGAGAGGCAGAUGCCAGGURUUAAAGGCAGUGCUCAAAUGAGUCUGCAAAGGUUGUUAAUCAUGUUGGACUGCUCCUUUUUCUGAAACAAGGCUUCCUGACCAAAACYGGUCAGAAUUUUUAGCUUAAACAUUAGAAGUGUAUACAGUGAACUAAAACUUAAGCAUUUUGUAGACAGUUACAAUGCUAAACUAACAAGUGCUAAAGAAAUAAUGUUUUAGUCUCAAGUACAAAGUGAAAGAAAAGUGAAAACUGAGCAAAAAGGGUCCCUGAGGAAGGACAGGAUGGUGAGAUAGAUGCAGCUGCCUUUGACACCCCUUGUCACCACCACCAUCACUUGCAAGCUGAAGAGGAGCUUCCAUGCAGCACAGUGCUUAAAUAUGGAGAGUGAAGAAAUGGUGCUCGGGUCUUAUUACAAGAAUGGUGAAAAAUUGUGACCAACAAGGAGAUGAGUAAGCAUGAAAUAAUCUUCACAGGGCAGUGUGCACUUUGUUUUGGAUCUAAACCUUGCAAACGCUGGCUGGAAGAAGAGAAUAAGGCAUUCAUGUUCAGAUUUGGGUACUUCAGGAAUCCUAAUAUUUCCAGAUAACCUAAAGGGAAAAAAAAAAAAAAAAAAAAGCAAAAUGAGGCAAUGUUUCAAAUUUAGGGCCAGCCAGCAUGUUGUCCCCCAGACAACAGUGAAAGAGAUUGAGACUUGUAAGCAGACUAAUCAUGCUGAACUAUAUUCUGUUGUAGUUAUGCAUUUUACUAACUCUAGCUGUAUCUAUAAAAGGAUGUUUCAUUGUUCAGUAUAACUGUUAUCUUAAGAAUCAUUUUAUUUAAAAUUGGCAUUUUUGUUACUAUUGUUAUAAAGUGUGUAAAAUACUGUCUGUAUUGCAGCUUGUAUAGGGGCAUGUGUCUUUGCUUGCUUUAUUCUUUUUGAGUUUAUAAAGUUGCUAUAUAAAUGCAAGAUGGUGAGAUAUCUUGGAAUGUGGUUAUUUAAUCUGACUACAUAGUCCUGAACAUUUCAGCAUACAGAUGUUUAAGGUAUCAGUGUUGUUAACAUGUAACAUCUUCAACAUUAAUACAGGCAUUAUAAAUUCUUCAGUACCAUACUGGAAUGCUGACACUUCUGUCACUUUGGCUGCCCUAGAAUAAUGCUGAAUAUCUAGAAAUAGGUCCAGAAAGCCCUGGAGAACUACUGUGGGAAAAGGCAAAAAACAGCUAGAAAAAUCUAAUUUAAAUCAAAAUUAAAUCYAAAGCUAAUCUAAAGCUAAUGCAAAACGGAAUGAUCUUUCCCUGGAGUCCAGGGAUGUUCACAAAGCAAAGGGCAGCAGGGGAAAACGCUUCUAGCAUCACCUCAAGUUAGGCCUAGGACUGCUGGGCCAAAGGAAUCUUUUUAAGCGUAGGAAGUCUAGAACA